AUGAAGGCCUCCGCUGUUGCUGCGGCCCUCGCCGUCGGUGCCUCCACCGUCAUGGCUGCCCCCUCCGUCCACGCCCGCGACGAUGUCACUCCCAUCACUGUCAAGGGUAACGCCUUCUUCAAGGGUGAUGAGCGUUUCUACAUGCGCGGUGUCGACUACCAGCCCGGUGGCUCGUCCAAGUUGUCCGACCCCAUCGCCGACGCUGAUGGCUGCAAGCGUGACAUCAAGAACUUCAAGGAGCUUGGCCUCAACACCAUCCGUGUCUACUCGGUCGACAACUCCAAGAACCACGAUGAGUGUAUGAGCGCUCUUGCUGAUGCUGGCAUCUACCUUGUGCUCGAUGUCAACACCCCCAAGUACUCCCUCAACCGUGCCGAACCUAAGACCUCGUACAACGAUGUCUACCUCCAGAAUGUCUUCGCCACCGUUGAGAUGUUCGCCAAGUACAAGAACACCUUGGCUUUCUUCUCCGGUAACGAGGUCAUCAACGAUGGUCCCUCGUCCAAGGCUGCCCCUUACGUCAAGGCUGUCACUCGUGACAUCCGUCAGUACAUCCGCAGCCGUAACCUGCGCACUGUCCCUGUUGGAUACUCUGCUGCCGACAUCAACACCAACCGUCUCCAGAUGGCCGAGUACAUGAACUGCGGUACUGACGACGAGCGCAGCGACUUCUUCGCUUUCAACGACUACUCGUGGUGUGACCCCUCUUCUUUCACUACCUCUGGCUGGGACCAGAAGGUCAAGAACUUCACCGGAUACGGUCUCCCUCUCUUCCUCUCUGAGUACGGCUGCAACACCAACAAGCGUCAGUUCCAGGAGGUUGGCUCUCUGUACUCCACCAAGAUGACCGGUGUCUACUCUGGUGGUCUGGUCUACGAGUACUCUCAGGAAGACAGCAACUACGGUCUUGUCAAGAUCUCCGACAACGACGUCAAGACCCUUGACGACUACGAUGCUCUCAAGUCCGCCUUCGAGAAGACCAGCAACCCCCAGGGUGACGGUGGCUACAACAAGACCGGUGGUGCCAACCCUUGCCCCGCCAAGGACUCUCCUAACUGGGACGUUUCUGACGAUGCUCUCCCUGCUAUCCCUUCGCCUGCCAAGAAGUACAUGACCGAGGGUGCUGGUGACGGCAAGGGUUUCGCUGGCUCUGGUAGCCAGAACGCCGGUACUUCUUCCACUGGAACCGCCGAGCCUGGCUCCGGCUCCGUCUCUGGUAGCAGCUCCAACCCCGGCUCUGCUUCAUCCGGUGCUACCUCUGAGGGUGCCGCCGCUGGUGUUCUCCCCAGUCUGACCAUGGCUCCUUUCGUUGUCAGCGCCGUGACCAUCAUGUCGACCCUGUUCGGCGCUGGUCUCAUCUUCGUUUAA